GAAUAAGAUAUUUGAAAUUUUUACCUUGUGUCUCUGAUCUGGAUAGUCUUUUAAAAGUUAUAUCAAGCUAUUGGAUAUUGUUUGAUUAUAAUUCUGCUUACUAAAAUAAGAAGCACAAUAAGUACAAAUAUGACUGCUUGUACGGAUGAACUCAAUUUCUUUGAAAUAUGUCGAGGAUGUAUGGUUAAAACGCAAAAAAUGCGUCCUCUGUUUGGUUCCAGUCUAGACUCGAUGUUGAUGGCAGUGACCGAUGUGAAAGUGGCUGAAAACGAUGGAUAUCCAUCGCAAAUGUGCGUACAAUGUGUGCUGCAGGUCAGCAGGGCUUUUACAUUCAAACAACAAUGCGAAAAAACGGAUGCCACCUUGAAGGAAUACAUAGGCAGAGCAACGAUUAUUGUGGAGAACAUAGAGUCAGUAUCUGAUAUAGCUCUCGAAAGUAAAUUGAACGAAAUCCAGCAUUCGGAAAUGCAGCUUUUAACAAAUGAGGAGAGCCAACAAAUUGCGCAUCAACCUAAAAAUCCUGUCAAUGAAUGUGUUUUCAUACUGCGAUCUGUUGGAAGCGAAGAAGAAAAACAAAUUGUGCACACCUUGUCUAACAGUUUCGUACUAUCUACAAUGGAUAUACAAGAAGAAUCCGAAAUAAUGAAUAUCAAUGAAGAUUUAAAAUUCAUUACUUCUUUCAAUCUGAAUUCCAACGUUCUAGAGUGCAGCACCCUUGAUGAAAAUAUACCGGAUGAUCACUACGAGGCUGGUAGUUCCUGUAAUCUUGAUAACGAUGUUAAAGUGGAAUCUUUGAUAGAAGGACCUAACGAACAUCCUCCCGAUACUAUGUUCAGAUGUGCAGUAUGUUUGGAAGAUUUCUCAUCUAAAAGCUCUUUGGAGAAACAUUCUUGUUCGACUUGCACCGAUGAACCCAGAAAAAAUAAAACGAACGUUUCAGUUCAACAUAACACAGAGGAAGCUCCUCCACCACCCUAUGACUGUUCUAUUUCAAGACGCUUCGAAUGCGGCGUAUGCAACAAAAAAUUUUCGGAUUCCAGUAAAUUGCGUCGUCACUCUCGGACUCAUCUAAUUGACAAACCACAUGUUUGCAAACUAUGUGGAAUGUCGUUUGCCGAGAGUUCCAAUCUAACCAAGCACCACCGAAAACAUACCGGCGAAUUGAGAAAUGUAAUAGGCAAACCGAACCUGUGCUCUGUGUGUGGCAAACGAUUUAAGUGGACAACAUCGCUGUCGAAACAUAUGAAGCAUCACACCAAACGAAAGCUAUUCGUGUGCCCGUAUCAAAAUUGCAAUAAGUACUAUGUGGAACAACGGUCAUUGGAUAUUCACAAGUUUUCGCAUGAUGGUCAGAAACCUUUUGCGUGCAGUUAUUGCAAUAAACGUUUUACACAGAAAUGCAACUUGCAAAAACACGAACGUGUGCACACCGGAGAAAAGCCGUUUAAAUGUAACGUUUGUUAUAAAAGCUUUACGCAGAGUGGUUAUCUAGUCAUUCAUCAACGAAUACAUAGCCGAGAAAAACCAUAUGAUUGCAAAGAAUGUGGAAAACAAUUUACCGCUUCCAACGCGUUGACAGUUCAUAAUCGCUCGCAUAGUGGAGAACGUCCGUAUGGCUGUGAUGUAUGUGGCAAGCGCUUUUCUCGACAGGAGACGUUGACGAUUCACAAAAACCGAAAGCAUUGGAAUGAAAAGCCACACGUUUGUACGCUGUGUUCUUCGAAAUUUGAUUCAACCGAAUCAUUAACGGAACACAUGAAAAGUAACCAUGGUGAUCGGUACUAUCACAUGUGCCCCACUUGUGGGAAAGUAUUCGCUUCCAUGCAAAGUUUGAAGAAUCAUCAAAGGAUUCAUCUCAAACAUGGAGAGACAUCCGAGAGUCAGCCCCAACCAUUGAUCCAGUUUGUAGUCGACCAAGAACUUGUUGUUCAAACGGACAAUACAUCAAGCGGAUAAAUUCUUAGCUGUGAAGAACAAAAUGCAAUAAAAUUUUGAAUAAAAGUUAUUGAUAAUCAAAAA